CAAUGUAGUCGAUAGUGGCGACUCACUUCGGUUCCCGCUUUGGUGAGCGGAGGAGCAAAAACCCUAAAUCCCCAAAUUGAGUAGCAUCGUCAACAGUGAAGAAUUGUUCAAUUGAAGCUGAGCAGAGAAAGCAUUGUGAUUGGUGAGUCCCAUUUCUCAUUGUUUGCUUCAAUUAUGUUUGGGUUUUGUUGUAGAAGAUUGCAAUUACUAGUUCCAAGCUGUAGCAGCAUUUCUCUUGAUUCUUCAGUGACCCAUUUUCUAAAGGCAUCACCUUUUAGCAGAUCAUAUGCAUCAUUAUUAGGAUCUGCAAUAGAUGAUGAAAAAGGUCACUCCUUUACAGUUUCAUACCUUAUAAACUCAUGUGGGUUGUCCCCAGAAGUGGCUCUCUCUCUGUCCAAGAAGCAGAAGAGGGUACAGUUUGAAUCCCCAGAAAAACCAGACUCGGUUAUUAAGCUUCUAAAACACUAUGGACUUAGUGAUACCCAUGUCUCCAAUAUUGUUAAGAAACGCCCAGACCUGCUCUUAGCCAAUGCUGAAAAGAUCCUUUUGCCCAAACUUGAGUUUUUCGCUUCUAUUGGCCUUUCGGGCACUGACCUUGCUCGGGUUGUUUCCGGCAACCCAAAUGUUUUGAACUUGAGCUUAGAGAGAAAUCUGAGACCCUGUUAUGAUAUGAUCAAGAGUCUACCUAUCCCAGACAAAAUGGUGGGUCGUGUCUUUUCGAAAUUGUAUCAGGGAUUCAUGGUCAGCGCAAAUGUACUAAGCAAUAUUGCCCCCAAUAUUGCAUUUCUGAAGGAAGUUCAAGUGCCAGAAUCCUCGGUCAAUCUGUGUCUGAGCAAUACCCUUUUUGCAGUGUCACGGGAAAACCAAAAGUUUAAGGAAAACGUGGAGAAAGUCAUCAGUAUGGGAAUAAGCCCGUCUUCUGCAACCUUUUUGAAAGCCUUGUAUGUGAUUUCUGUGAUGGAUCACUCAAAAUGGGUACAAAGGAUGGAAUCAUAUAAGAUGACAUUCGGUUGGACUGAAGAUGUUUUCUUGUUGGCAUUUAGAAAAAAUCCAUUGUUUAUGGCAUUGUUAGAGAAGAAAGUUUUAAGUAAAGUUGAUUUUCUUGUCAAGAGAAUGGGUUGGCAGCCUGCAUUUGUAGCUAAAUAUCCUAGUGUUCUAACAUUUAGUUUGGAGAAGUGGAUUAUACCUAGGUGCAAAGUUAUUAGAGUGCUUCUCUUGAAGGGCUUAAUAAUAAGGGGAGAACAUUCUUUGAUUGGUACUGCCCUGUUGGCUGGUAAGAAUUACUUCUUGGAUAGGUUUGUGAUCAGAUAUCAGAAGCAAGUACCUGAGUUAUUGAAUAUCUUUCAAGGGAAAAUGAGUCUUGCGGACGUUGGCUUAGGGUUUGAGGAAACAGGUGGAACGAAAUAAUUGUAGGAAGGAGGGCUGUUCUUUUUCUUAAUUCAAGAGUAUCAGAAGAACCACUUAUUCAUUGUAAGUUCUGUUUACUUUGUUCCAUCUUGUCAAGAGGUUUAAUAGGUUAUGCACACAUACACACAAUAAGAAAUUAUUGUGUAUGUAACAUAUCUAUUGUUAAUGGAAAUCUCAUUCUACCAUGAGCAUCUCUAUGUAUGACUUCAUCAAGUAUGAUGUACUAAACCUUUGUGGUAGAUUAACAAUCAGGUUUUUUGCACACUA